CUUAUAUCUUAUAUAGGAUCAUUACUAAUUACUAAUAACCGUUUUAUCUAAUCCAAAUAAUGUUGGAGUAUUUGUUUGUUAUAUAAAAAGUUGUGGGACACGAGUUCUAAAUCUUCGGUUUUGCAACGGCAACCUCAAAGCAUAAUUUCAUUUCAAUAUAUAAAAAAGAGAUAACCACUCGUUUUGCAUUCGGUACUAUAGUAUCUAUCUAUCUAUAUUGAUCUAAACAGUAAACGGCAACGAUGAAAGCAAUGAUAGCAACGUCGUUUAAUGUCUACGCCACUUGCUUCCAUUCAUGCCCUCUAAAUCUACGGCAGAACAGGAACAUAACCAGCUUUUCGUUUAACAAGGGACACAGAAGCGUUGUUGUUCAACCAAAGUUUCCAAAUUUCCACAGGGUGUGUGGUAUAAAGGGGAAUAUGGAGGUUGUUGGAAUUCCAACUUCGGUGCCAGUGCGUGUAGCACACGAACUUCGUCUCGCUGGUCAUAAGUAUUUGGAUGUAAGGACGCCUGAAGAAUUUAAUGCUGGGCACGCUCCUGGUGCAAUUAACAUACCUUAUAUGUACAGAGUCGGAUCAGGGAUGACAAAGAACAGCAACUUUGUGAAAGAGGUCUCCUCAAAUUUUAGAAAAGAGGAUGAAAUUCUUGUAGGUUGUCAACUAGGUAAAAGGUCUAUGAUGGCGGCUACCGACUUGUUAGCUGCUGGAUUCACUGGACUCACAGACAUAGCUGGUGGUUAUGCUGCUUGGACCCAAAAUGAACUUCCUACAGAACAAUGAAGUUUUCUUCUUGGACUUGCAGCUGUAUAUAGAAUAAUGUUUUGGAUGGAGUCCAAUAUGUAUGGAACUGAAAAAAUACUUCAUCAUGAAGCAGUAAUACUGCAUUUGAAAAUUCUAAAUUCCAUGUAUAGAAAAGAAAAGUACAUGCAAGUGCAUCAAAAGGAAGGGGGUGGGUGGAAUGGUUUUAAAUAUAUAGAGUUUAUUUAUCCAACUUUCCAAAUUCUUGGCUUCAUGUGUUGUUUUAAAGUUUCAAAUCAUGAUAUAUUUAAUGAAAAAAGUACUAGAGUUUAUAACUUAGUACAAAUCUGUUUUAUACCAA